AUAAAGAUACCGACUUGGUGAAAACGUCAUAUUUACGCAAAAGGACCACACAGCUGGAAUCGUAUUUUGAAGCAGAGUCUCGCAAAAAUGUGCAAAAAUAUUUUUAAAUUUUAAUUAAAUCAACCAAUCAGAUUUGCCGUCGGUUGCCUGGCGGUGGACGACUCAAGCGGGAAGCAUGGCGGCGACGGAGAGGCGAGCUAUCGUAUCUGAUCCGGUCACACAAAUGACUAAUUAUGAAGGACCUGGUUUAGCUGACCUUUCAAGUCAGGGCCUUCACAAGCUGGACCCCAACUUCUCCUGUUCUCCGGACACCCACACCCUCAUCUUAGACCAGAACCACAUCAUCAAGCUGGAAAAUCUGGAGAAGAAUGCAGCUCUUCUGCAGUUAUCUGUGGCCUGUAAUCGUCUAGUUCGCAUGAUGGGGGUGUCGAGGCUUACAGAACUAAGGGUCUUGAACCUGCCUAACAACAGUAUUGGCUACAUCGAGGGCCUGAAAGACCUGGUGCACCUUGAGUGGCUUAACUUGGCAGGCAACAACAUAAAGGUGAUUGAGCAGCUGAACAGCUGUGGGGCUCUGCAGCAUCUGGAUUUAUCUGACAACAACAUUUCCAGCACAGGGGAUCUGUCUAAGCUCACUGCCUUAAAGACGCUGCUUCUCCAUGGUAACAUCAUCACAACUCUACGCACAGCCCCUGCUCAUUUCCCCUUAAGCCUGACCGUUCUCUCAUUGGCUGAGAACGAGAUACGGGACCUCAGUGAGGUGUCCUACUUGGCUCCUCUACUUGACCUUGAGCAGCUGUCCAUCAUGAACAACCCCUGUGUAAUGGAUACACCCUCUCUGCCCGGGUUUGAUUAUCGUCCGUAUGUCGUGAGCUGGUGCCUCAAUUUGAAGGUUCUUGAUGGAUACAUUGUGUCACAGAAAGAAGGACUGAAAGCAGAGUGGCUGUACAGUCAAGGGAAAGGUCGCACAUACCGUCCAGGGCAACACAUACAGCUAGUCCAGUACUUGGCUUCUACGUGUCCUUUAACUUCCACAUCAGCCCUUCAGUCUGCUGAGGAUGCCAAGCUGGAGAGAAUUCUCAACAAGCAGAGGCAUCAUCAGAGACAGCUGCUCCAGGGAGGUCACCGUGACUCUCCAAGUCCUCCUCGCCCAACUCAGCUGGAUGUGGAACAGCACAUGACUGAUCCAGCCAAAGACAGAGGGGCGAUAAUUGAGAACUGUACGGUCAUCAGUCAGUCAGAUCCUCCUGAACUAGUUCCUCGGGUGAACUCUUGGAUGGGCAGUGUGUCUCCAGCUAAAUAUACAGCCGUUCAGGCUCCCCCGUCUGGUGAAGAGAGUCUGCUUCUGGAGGAUGUGCAGACAGAUGAAGAGAAGCUUCAUGGCAGCCUCCUCUCCUCAGAGUCAGCCUUUCUUCCAGUCAGCUCUGCCGUUGCCUCACCUUCUCCCCCAGACAGUGAAGAAGAGGAGCUAGAUGAGCCUGAUUCUCUGGCUCCACCUAAUCCUGUCCGCUCUCACCCUGGGAAAAUGGAAGCGGAAAAGAGCUCUCAAAUUAAAACCCCUGAAACUCAAAGAGUCAGUGCUGACCAGUUAACAUCAGUCGCCCAGGCUGAUGCAGGAGUCUUUUUAAACACCACCAGUGACCAAAGCUUUCUUCUGAAUGGAGAGGCUGUACUAGAAAACAGCACAGAGAAAACAGCCUCUCAGCCCAGAAAGCAGAGUCCUAAAGCUACUCAGUGCCAGCCAAAUGAAGCAGCUGUGAAGAUUCAGGCAUGGUGGCGGGGGCAUUGGACUCGACACCAGCACCCACAGGCCAAAGAGGUGCGCUGCGAGAUUCGGCUGCGCAGGAUGCAGGAUCACAUUGUCUACCUGACAGCAGAACUGGAGAGGGUACGGCGGCAACAAGAAGAAGAAAAAUUGCAGAGGAUGGUUCAGGAAGAAGCUGUGAAGUUCCUCUGGAAGCAAUUUCAGGCCAUGCUGGAGUGGCAGUCUUCAGUCAAAGAGCAGCUCAGCUGUCUGUCCCCCUCGCGCAGCUCUGCCUUGGGCCCUAUUCCUGCUGUCCCUAAAGACACAUCCACAGCUCCCCCCAUGCGAAGUGAACUCUCCAUCCCAGAAUCAGGCUUCCAUUCCCCCGGGGAACGACAGGGGGUGCUGGAGGACAGUCUGAGCAGCACAGCCACAGCCGGAUCCCCUGAAACUGUGCGGUCUGCAGGGGCUGGACGGUCGCCUGGAAUGGCCGGGGACAGUCAGGACGGCAGCUUGCUGGAGCAGUACCUGUCCUCUGUGCAGCGACAGGAGGAAGAAGAGGACCAGACUGAAGAGGAAGGAGAACGAGCUUCAGACAGGACAGGAACGCCACUGGACACGUCGGUUCUCUCUCCAUCGAGAGGCUCGGAGCCCUCCUCCUCUCCCGAUAGACAGAGGCAGAAAGACAGCGCCCCCUGCUGAAGGCUGAAAUAUGAAUAAAAAGGAAAAUGCUGAAAGAUAUAAAGGCCCAAUCCCAUUUCACACCUUGGCCCUACCACUUGCCCCUACCCCUUUUUUUGAGUGUAACCCUUCCUCUUGUAACUCUGUUCCAAGGGUAAAAUCCCCCAUCUAAGAAUUGGGACAAUCUUUUAAGCACCCGAUACGUCAUCAGGAGCGCUAAAGUUCAGUAGCCUAGCUGCUGGUUAACUAGUUAACUUUAGGGCAUCAUAUGUCUUAAGAAUGAGGGUAGAUGAUGCAGAAAUUAAUAAUUAUUAUUAUCUAUUUCUUAAUUUCUCUGUGAUGGGGAGCUAAUAUGAGCUAUAAUUUACUUUUAUUUGAUUCCCCCUUACAUGCUGCAGCUCCUGCCAUCUGUUCCACCAUUUAAGGUGGAACGGGAAAGUUAGGUAGUACCUAGCUACUGAGACUACUACAACUACUAGCAAUUUUUUUUAUGCUUGUUAUGACGAUUUUGGCCAUAAAACAUUAAAAGUACUCGUUAAACUCUGGUACUAUAGUGCUAAUUGUCACUUUUAACAAGUAAAAUUGUUACAUUUGUGGGUUUCUUGUUGGUCGCUUGUUCUUACCAGUGAUUCUCAUAACCCUCGGUUUUAAGUGUGCAUCUGAAAAAUCUCUGUAUGAAGGCCUAAAAAGCCCUAUCUCUUCCCCCUACCCCUCCAGCCUAACAAGAAUCGGGACACCCCUAUCCAUUGGCAUGCGCAUGCAAAACAGAGGGAUAGAGGAAGUGGUACAGCCAAGAGGUGAAAUGGAAUUGGGCCUAAAUAUAAGAAAUACUCCAGCAAUUUUCAAAGGAACCACCCUGUGAAACUUAAUUUCAUUCAUAGCAUUCAAUAGAAGUCAUUGGGCACAAGCUCAAGUGUUUGCAGCUUCUGUUUUUCCUCUAUGGUUGACGAUAGCCUGCUUCAAAAAUUCUGUAAUUGCUCUAAAACACAGGACCAUCUGGAAAAGAGCCACAGUUUAGUUGAUCUGGACCAAGACCUUCUCUUUUGGUCAGACCAAAUGUUGGUCCUUUGCUCUAGACUGUGGUUCACAGCACUUUUAUUACACAUCCCUAUAAUUUUGGUCUGGAGCAAACUGAAAAGCCUGAAAGUCCAGACUAAAUAAGGCAAGUGUGAAAGUUGAAAAUUGCUGGAAUAUUCCUUUCACCCUUUCCAAACAGCAUUAUGGGAAAUAAUUCACCCAGAAGAUGCCAAAAUGGCUAGCAGUAAAAAUCUAUCGAGGACCAUAUGGCAGUUUUGGGGUGAAGCACUGCAUCAUCAUUGCCCCUGUGGACACUUGCUUCUUCUAGGAAUGAUGCCUCAUUUGCCAAAACUGUUCAAAUACUAGCAUAACACUUCCACUUUGAUGGUGCUUUUUGAUAGCAGCCCCUGAGGGUAGCUGUGAGACAACUUUUUUCAUGGUUUUGAAAAUGUACUUAGCCUUCUCUUCACCAUCGAAGCCAAGAAACAAACCAUGCACAGCCUUGUAUGUAGGUUUCCUUUAACUCCUUUCUUUUCCCAAACCUACACAGAUCUAUGUACAGAUACAAGCACUUAGUGUGUCAACUUAAAGAAUGUACAUAACAGCUUCAGAUCUCAAUCACAGAGUUACAUUCUGCGAUUCUGCACCCUUACACACAAAGAGUGCCAACUGACAUGUUGUAGCUUAUUUACUUAAGGAACUUUCCCUUUACUGUAACUUAAUGAAUGGUACAGUUGUACAGAUACAUAAUGAAACAAUGACAGACAGUGUAGCCCUGCUGUUAGUGAGUAUCUCUGCAGACCGAUCACACUGAGAACAUACUGAAAUACUGAAUGAAAUGCCUUCAUUGCACAUACUGGUUUUGUGUACGUUCAGUUGUUUUACACAGUGCAUCAGCUAAGGGUAUUCAGUGUUGCAUUUGGAAUUAGUUUUUAUUUAUUUCACACUGGAUUUUUUAAAUGUUUUAUGAAUGCACUUUUGAAAAUAAAAUGUUAUGUUCA